CAACAUGAUACACCUGGCUGGGACGACGGUAGCGGCGCAAUGUACGCGCGUGUUCACGGGUCACGCAUUUUAACACGCGUUGUCGGUCGUGCACAAUGCGCGAAUACGUCCCACACCACAUACGUGCAGACAUACGUGUGGGACAUGCGAGGAUGGGUGGCAACGUCCCACGUCCGAACGAACGGGCCACGUACGGGCGAACGUGCGGAGAGGCUACGCCACGUCGCGGAAAGUAGGGGUGCCGCGGUGUUCUCCAGGCAUAAAAGAUCCAUGGUUGGUGUAUGUCAGUGUCAGUGACGGGAGAGAGGAACGGUGAAGAACCGUGUGGUCACCUAGACCAGCGGCGGCGAGUAGCCGUCGACGCCACAUCGACUCGCGAUACCGGACCGACAGCAUCGGUCCGCAUCCUCUCACAAAUCGCGGAUUUCGGAGCCGGUCCUCCAGCGACCGAGAGUGAGUGAGAAAGAGAGAGAAAGAGAGACAUCAAACUUCUGGAGUUUACGGGGCGCGCGAGCGAGAAGAAGCGCGCGCGAGGCUCUCGCGCGCAUAUCCGCAUAUACGCGAGCGAGAAAGUUACGAAGAUCAUAUAGAAGAAACGAGUUUGUAAACGAGGCCGGUCACAGCCCGAGCUUCAGUUCGUCUGGGAGGCUCGGGCGCGUGCGAGCGAGCGGUGUGUGUAACGUUAAGUUAAGAGCGAGUAGCGAUGAUAAAUAAUUGCGCGCGCCGGCGAUAAGCGGGAGCUUCUUCUGUCUAGCUUCUAGGAUCUAAGACGAUACGUCAAGUCGAAGUGAUCGGAGAAUUAACACGGUCGGUUAACAGUGUGUCUGAUUUUAAAAACAAUCUUGAUUUUCAUCGCGUUUACGACGACCACGAAUCUUUCGCGUUUGUGUGAGAAAUUAUUGUCGAAUAAUUCUCGAGGAAGGAGCGAUUGAAAACGCAUCACGAUGACUAUUCACAAGAAGGGCACGGUGUCAAAGAUGAAGAAUGCGGGAACGGCGAAGAAUGAAGUGGCGACGACCUCGACGUCCACGGACAUGGCGACAACGGAGACAGUCGAGGUUGUAUCCUCGACCAAUGUUGUGGAGGAAUCGAAGCAGAUGAAGGAGAGCGAAUCCCGGAGUAGCACGGUGGAGGUCACGAGCGCCAGUCGCGAGGUCAUCAUGGAUUCCAAAGGUAACGUUAUCAAAGUUAUCGAAACGCCUCCGCAGACCAUCCAGCAGAGCUCGUCCAGCCGAACGAGCGGAAAGAGCUCCCAAGACUUCAUAGCCGGGGAGCAGGUGCAAUCGAUUAAGCAAGCGAGGAGGACGCACGAUUUUCCACGCGAGCACGCGACAUCUCUUUCGGAAAGUCGCGUGCUUCAAGGUGAAACGACCGAACGAGCCAGCCAGGUGCAAAGUCAGAGCGCGUCCCAUUCGACGGUUCAGCAAUCGGUCUCCUCGAGCACUUUGAUCGAGAGUUCGUCGACGAGCGAAGAUCGCAGCGGUCAUCGCUCCAUUGUCAUGAUUUCUCAUGAUACCAAGAAUGGAGACCACGUUCCCGUAAUUCAGACGUCGUCAAGGUCGACCGAGAAUACCCACGUGAGUAGCGAGACGAGCGAGGCCGUAACAAAGGAUGGUCAGACGGUAUCGAGCACCACUAGAAUUCGCGAGACAGGUGAAAGGAUCGACGACAACGGCAAGACGAUGUCCACGUCGAGCCGGGAAGUUGACAGCGAGCGUACGAUCACACCUUCCAAAGUGGCUGUCAUUAAGAAUUCCGAUAACGUCAAAAAGACCGCCGACAAGAGUGGUCGUAGCGAUUCGAAAACGGAAAAGUCAAACAUCGAAAUAUCGACGCGCUGUAACAAGCCCGGUCAAUCCGCAUGGGACGGCACGUUCGUUUACGAGAAACCGGCCACACCUAAAGGCAAAAAUGCCGUCGACAAAACGGCAUCCGUAAGUUCGAAAGUUCGCGACGACACGCGGGGCAGCGAAACGAGCGUUAAAGUCACUCGAGAGACCUCCUCGACCGACGAGGUAUCGGUUAUCGAUCAGACGGUGUCUUCGAGUUCAAGCGUGAGGCGAGACUCGAAAAGGAUUGUCGACGAGGGUCAACGAUCCGCGACGUCUCGUCUUCGUGACAUCACGUCGGAGAAAGUCGCCGUGGACACGACGGACUUCGCCGGCGACGGACAUCCGAAAGGACCGGCUCGUUACUCGAAACCUGGCGACUCGGCGUGGGACGGCAGCUUCGUCGUGGAGAAAAUUACGACGCAGCCAAGACGGCGUAACGACUCCGACGACGUGUUCCAUCACGGUCCUAACGACAACGUCGUGGAAACGACGCAGAGGAGAGAUUUCAAGGAGACGAGUGCGGAUGGUACGUACGAGAAGGCAUCAUCCGAGACUGUGCGCGUCGUAAAAGGUGCCACGGACAGUACCAGAUUCAUUACCGAGGAGCGACGUGACGUAAGUAGAGAGAGUUCGAUCCAUGUCGAUGGUAAGGAGGAACAACACCCUGCUCGCGUACCCAGCCCGCAGCGCAGACUCGCUAGACCCGGCGAUUCCACAUGGAACGGCGAAUUAGUCUAUGAAAAGCCGCGAGACGACGCGAAGAGACAUCCUUCGGACGUCACCGUUGUCCGCCGAACGGAGAAGCGUCACGAUUCCGUGGAUGUUCAGGAUGUCACCGAGGAACAGAACGUUUCGAACGUCUCUGAGUCGGUCUCUGCGUCCUAUAUCGUCGAGUACGCGAUUUCCAGCGACAAGAAGAACGUCGAGAAGGUCACUUCGGUGUCCGAAGUGAUCUUGGAGGAAGACGGUUCUGAAGAUAGAGCCGCUCGUGGUCCUGCAAGUCCGGAGAGACAGACGAGAAUAGACACGACCUCGCGCUGUUACAAGCCUGGCCAGUCUGCUUGGGACGGCACUUUUGUCUACGAGCGACCGAUAACACCAGACAAUCGUCGAAGACCAGAGGACAAACGCACGGUAAAAACAGUCGAUAUUCGAGACGUUACGGAGGACAAUUCGAUCAAUGAAGUGGAUGUCACGAGCACCUCUUACAUCGUCGAGCAUUCAUCGAGUCAGCAAAGUUUCUCAGAUAUCAGGGACGCGAGUAUCUCGUCCACGGUGUACGAGACAGUCGUUUACGAGGGACGUCCUGUCGAAACUACGAUCAGAUUCGACGGAGAUACAUCGCGAAGCAAAGUUUCGACGACGGAACGUCGGACCAGUCCCUCUCCACGGCCUAGAAGUCCAGAGAAAACAUCGAAAGAUAGAGAUCUGCGAAGUACCAAGCCCGGAUCGUCGACCUGGGAUGGAACUUUCGUGCUGGAAAGCCCUCAAGAUAAAAAGCGGCCACCUAGUAGAGAGUCCAUUGAGAGUAGGCUGCCAGACAAAUCUCGUCCAGUUGACAGCAAAAAGACCCCCGUGGAUACAUCGAGGAAACAUGUUAGUGAAAUCGCUAUCGAUCUACGAGAUGUCACGCAGGAUGUAUCCAGCACGUCGGAGAGCGUGGAAAGUUCCGUAAUUAUGGAGCAAGCGAGGAAGCACGAAACUUACAGGGAUUCCUCCAAUCUCGAUUUCUCGACGACUUCCGUCGAAACCGUCGUUAUUCGCGACGGUCAGCCGGUAACGACGCAAAAAACAGUGACUAUUCAAGAAGGCCCUCGCAGCCCCGCAAAGAGGCUGCCUGGUAGUGACGUAAUAACUACUACCGACGUUAAAGAGAGUACUGUUAAAAGCUCUGAACGGAAGGAGACCCGCGCGGAUGAUAGAAGUUAUCGACCUACGAAACCAGGCUCGUCGACGUGGGACGGUUCAUUCGUGUACGAGAAACCGGAGGAAAGAAGACCAAGCGACAGAAAAUCACCGAAAGAUACACCUGUGGAUAAACAAAGUCCGAUUAAGGAAAAACCAAUUGAUCACAAGACAGUUACAAUUUUGGACACAAAGGAUGUAACAAGCACCGCUGAUUAUUCAACGAGCUCUGUCACGGUCGAACGAACGUUUCUCACGGAUUCGGCGACAUACGACUCUUCAAAUAUAUCAACAACUUUCAUCGAAGAAGGCGCAAGGGAUAAAAUCCGCGAAAUCGAUUAUGACGGAAAGCCUAAGCCAUCGCCUCGACAGCGCCCGGAAGAUGCUAAGGAACUUAAACCUGAAAAAUUGCAAACGAGUCCAGUAGACAGAACGCAUCGUCCAUCAAAGCCAGGCGCCUCCACCUGGGACGGAUCAUUCGUUUAUGAAAUACAGAAGAGAAAGACAGGAGAUAAAAAGAUAUCAAAAGAUACGCCUGGACCGGUAGAUAAGCGAAGCCCAGUUAAAGAGAAACCGGGUGACAUCACUGAUCAUAGGACAUCUGUUACGAUCCUAGACACAUCGAAGGAUGUAACGAGUUCUGCUGAUUAUGCUACGAGUUCCGUCGUGGUCGAGUUUGUCACUGAUUCAAAGACAUACGACUCGUCAAAUAUAUCCAAAAUUUUUAUCGAAGAGAGUUCAAAAGAUCAAAUAUAUGCCAUCGAUUAUGAAGGAUCGAAACCCUCCGAGAAACCUAAACCGUCGCCUCGACAACGUCCGGAAGAUGCUGUGGAAUCUAAAGACAAAAAGCCGCAAGAAAGCCCGGUGGAUCGAACGCAUCGACCAUCGAAGCCAGGCGCCUCCACCUGGGACGGUUCUUUCGUGUACGAAAAACCGCAGGAUUCGCGAAAAAAACCGAUGGCUGAUGGGCCGGCUGAGACGCCGAAAAAACCGACGGACGAACGAAAACCAAUCGAGAAAGGAGGAAAACCGAUGGAUCAAAAAGAAAAGCUGGCGCCGACUCCGAUUUCACGAAAACCGACGGACGAGAAAACACAGAUGGACGUCACCGAAAUCCGAUAUACCGAAGAUGUCGCGGAUAUCACACAUGCGGAUAUCACGCGUACAUCCGAGGUGCUUCAGCGAUCCUCUUAUGUAAUCGAUCAGUCUUCGAGAUUUACUUCCGUGCAAGACGUGCGCGAUGUUAAGGACGAACGCGUCAUCACUGAAUUUACCACAGACACGCGCAAGGAUGUGAGAGAUGUUACCGAGUCGACGAAGGAAUUUAUCGACAAAGAGCAGGUGACUAGCAUGGUAGCGCGGGAUGUCGUUGACGACACCCGAUUCGAUACCGGCCCGGCACCCCGCUCUCCGGCGGAUUCCACGAGGAGACCGUCGCCGGAUCGGCCCGGUUAUCCUCGUGGAAUACCUGGGCUCAGGGAGGACGAUCGACCGAAGCCAAUUCCAACAGCUGGAAAGCCUAGUCGACCACCGCAACGCGAGAGGAGUCCUCAGCGACCAGCGGAACGUGGCAGGCCUUCCGAAGUUCGGCCGAAGUCGCCUGAGAAAUUUCAGGAUCACACGUCGCCGACUAGGAAACCGCAGCCAGCGGCUGGAAAGCCGAGCCGACCCGAAGAGAGACCGGUAGGACCUAAAAGAUCCGACGAAGAAUCUAGACCAGAGAGACCUACGGAGAAGAAACCGAAGAAAUUAGAACAACCGAAACAAAGAGAUCAAAGUCCAGAUUCUCUCGACGAGAAUGACGUCUCCUUUAAACCAGUACCGAUACCAGACGUAUUGUCGAAAAUUCCUCUGAAGGAACAGUGCAUUUGCGAGCUUUGUACUUGUGGACGCCAUCGCUGCCCGCAUAAUUGGCCUCAACAACAUUUGGAAUUCCUUCAUCAACAAGAACCGGUGCAGAUCGUGACAUCUUAUCGUCAGGAUUACGAUGAAAAGCGAGUGGAGAAACAGACGAAAUACUAUCACGAGGAUCACUUACAUACAGAGGGUGAAUUCAUCGGACAGAGACGGACCGACUAUGUGGCUACCAAGGGCGAGAGGGCGCCGGUUAGGAAACCGCAAGAUCAUCUCAAACCUGAGGGUGAGUUUGUCAGAAGACCAAAGGAAGAGGCACCUACGAGGGGUGAAAGGGCGCCUGUUAAGAAGCCGCAAGAUAAUCUCAGACCUGAGGGCGAGUUUGUCGGCAAGCCUCGAGAAGAAGCUCCGAAAUACGGCGAACGAGCGCCAGUUACGAAGCCGCGAGAUAACUUAAAAUUCGAAGGAGAUUUCGACACUACAACAACGACCGAAUUGGUUUUCACCGGCACCCCCGGUGAACGACCGACUCCGAUACGACGCAAUACUUAUACGAAGAUAGAGGGUGAUUUCACGACUGACGAAACGACGACGCGAUCGCAGUACAUUGAUCAUCGCAGCAUCCAACGCGCCGAAAUCAUUAAACGAACGGAUAAUCUCACUGUGGGAGAGGGUGAAUUUACGGGUACUUCUCAUAUCAAGGAAGAUUUCCAAACUCAUGUUAUCGAGCGUGAACCUCAAUGGCGACCGAAAUAUCCUGAAGACACUGAUAGAUUUUACAGCAAAACAGACAUCACUGACAAGGGUGACUUUGAAAGGCCGGAAAAGAAACCGAUUGGUCCUGCUGAGCGACGUACUCCGAUCAAACAUUCCGAUAAUCUGAAGCCAGAGGGAGAAUUCGAAAGACCUAAGCCUGAAGAAUUUAGGCCUGCGGAAAGACCUGUUGUAAAGAAACCACAUGACAAUUUGAGACCAGAAGGUGAAUUUGUAUCUCGACCGAAAGAAGAAGCACCGAAGAAAGGUGAGAGAGCCGAUGUUAGAAAGCCACAAGAUAAUUUACGGCCAGAGGGUGACUUUGAAAGGCCGGAGAAGAAACCGAUUGGUCCUGCUGAGCGACGUACUCCGAUCAAACAUUCUGAUAAUCUGAAGCCAGAGGGAGAAUUCGAAAGAUCUAAGCCGGAAGAAUUUAGGCCUGCGGAAAGACCUGUUGUAAAGAAACCUUACGAUAAUUUGAAACCAGAAGGCAAGUUCGUAUCUAGGCCGAAAGAAGAAGCGCCGAAGAAAGGUGAGAGAGCCGAUGUUAAAAAGCCAAAGGAUAAUCUCAAGCCCGAAGGUGAUUUUGAACGACCGGAAAAGGCACCUGUUGGUCCAGCGGAACGGCGUACUCCGAUUAAACAUCCGGAUAAUCUGAAGCCGGAAGGUGAGUUCGAACGACCCGAACAGGAAAGUUAUCGUCCAGCAGAAAGGCCAGAAGUUAAGAAACCGACAGAUAAUCUCAAACCUGAAGGUGAAUUUGAAAGACCUCGUCCUGAAAAAUAUGCUCCGACCGAGAAACGCAUGCCGGUGAAACAUACAGAUAAUCUUAAGCCUGAAGGUGAAUUUAUUGGUAAACCGAAAGAUGAUUUCACGCCCACUAAAGGCGAUCGCGCAGAAGUUAAAAGACCGGAAGAUAAUCUAAGACCGGAGGGGCCGUUCGAAGGUCGACCAAAAGAUGAUUACCAACCAGUGCGAGGAGAACGGGUAGAUGUUGUAAAACAUACGGACAAUUUGCGUAUGGAAGGAGAUAUAGAAACAUAUAGAUCCAGAGAUGAAUACAUCGAUUUCUUGAUACGCGAAAGAACCGAGAUUACUAGAUAUCAAGACAAUUUACGUAUGGAAGGUGAAUUUAUCGACACAAGAACACGAGAUGAUUUCAAAGUCGUCAAAGGCGAACGAAUGGAAGUUGUUAAGCAUCAUGACAAUUUAAAACCGGAAGGUCCGUUUGAAGGUCGUCCGAAAGAUGAUUAUUCGCCAAAGAAAGCAGAGAGACCUGAAAUUAAAAAGCCGGAAGAUAAUUUGAAACCAGAAGGUGAGUUUGUACGUCGACCUAAAGAAGAAGCGCCUAAAAAGGGCGAGAGAGCCGACGUGAAAAAACCGAAAGAUAAUUUACGACCGGAAGGUGAUUUCGAAAGGCCAGAGAAAAAACCAGUUGGCCCAGCAGAAAGGCGUACCCCAAUUAAACAUUCUGAUAAUUUAAAACCAGAGGGUGAAUUUGAAAGACCGAAACCUGAAGAAUUUAAACCUGCCGAAAAACCUGUUGUAAAGAAACCACAAGAUAACUUAAAACCGGAAGGUGAAUUUGUGUCUAGACCAAGAGAAGAGGCACCGAAGAUCGGUGAAAGAGCUGAUGUUAGAAAGCCCCAAGAUAAUUUGCGACCGGAAGGCGACUUUGAAAGACCAGAAAAGAAGCCAAUUGGUCCCGCUGAGCGACGUUCUCCGAUUAAACAUUCCGAUAAUCUGAAACCAGAGGGAGAAUUCGAGAGGCCUAAACCAGAAAAGUUCAAACCUGCCGAAAGACCAGUAGUCAAAAAACCACAUGAUAACUUAAAACCAGAAGGAGAAUUUGUAUCUAGACCAAAAGAAGAGGCGCCGAAGAAAGGUGAUAGAGCUGAUAUUAGAAAACCGCAGGAUAAUUUGCGACCAGAAGGCGAUUUUGAAAGACCGGAGAAAAAACCAAUUGGUCCUGCUGAGCGUCGUUCUCCGAUUAAACAUUCCGAUAAUUUGAAGCCAGAGGGUGAAUUCGAAAGACCUAAGCCUGAAGAAUUCAAGCCUGCUGAAAGACCAAUCGUAAAGAAACCACAUGAUAACUUGAAACCAGAGGGUGAGUUUAUAUCUAGACCGAAAGAGGAAGCGCCGAAGAAAGGUGACAGAGCCGAUAUUAGAAAGCCGCAAGACAAUUUGCGACCGGAGGGUGACUUUGAAAGACCGGAGAAAAAACCAAUUGGUCCAGCGGAAAGAAGAACUCCGAUCAAAUAUGCGGACAACUUGAAACCAGAAGGCGAAUUCGUGGGUAAACCUAAAGAAGAAGCUCCAAAAAAGGGAGAUAGGGCGGACGUUAAGAAACCCGCGGAUAAUCUUAAGUCUGAAGGAGAGUUUGAGAGGCCUGUGAAAACUCCAAUUCGACCGGCGGAGAAACGAACGCCUAUCAAGCAUCCUGAUAAUUUACGGCCUGAGGGUGAAUUUGAAAAGCGUCCAAAGGAAAAGAUACCUAAAGGCGAAAGAGCAGAUAUUACUAGACCAAAAGAUAAUCUGCGUCCGGAAGGUGAAUUUGAAAGGCCUGAGAAAUCAUCAAUCGGACCAGCAGAACGACGUACGCCAAUUCGACACGAAGACAAUUUGCAUCCGGAAGGUGAAUUUGUUGGUCGACCGAAAGACGAUUUUGUUCCCAAGCGCGUCGAUCGACCGGUUCAAAAGAAGCCUAAAGACAAUUUGAAGCCUGAAGGAGAAUUCGUAGGAAAACCUAAGGACGACUAUAAACCGACUAAAGGUGAAAGAACCGAGAUCGUAGUGCAUCGCGAUAACUUAAAGAUGGAAGGCGACAUAGACAUUUAUCGGUCUCGAGAUGAUUACGUAACUUCGUCUAAACGCGAACGUGUGGAUAUCAUCCAUCAUAAGGAUAAUCUGAAGAUGGAGGGCGAAUUUGUUGAUAUUCAUCGACGAGAUGAUUAUCGAGUUACGCGCGGUGAACGCAGUGAGAUUAUCAGGCACGAAGACAAUCUUUAUCCUGAAGGUGAUUUCGAACGACCAGAGAAGGCACCGGUAGGUCCCGCUGAAAAACGAUCUCCUAUUAAACAUCCUGAUAAUUUGAAGUCAGAAGGUGAUUUCGUACAACGGCCAAAGGAAACCGCGCCUAUUAAGGGUGACCGAGCAGUGAUCAAGAAGCCCAAGGAUAACUUGAAGCCUGAAGGUGAAUUUGAGAGACCAGUGAAAUCACCCAUUGGUCCCGGCGAACGACGAUCACCCAUCAAGCAUCCUGAUAAUCUUCAUCCAGAAGGAGAAUUCGUUGGCCGGCCAAAGAAAGAUGCGCCGCUAAAGGGUGACCGAGCGGAUGUGAAGAAACCAAAGGAUAAUCUUCACCCCGAAGGAGAAUUCGCGAAACGUACUCCAAAGAAAGUGGAACCGGCCGAACGAAGAUCUCCGAUCAAACACAAAGAUAAUCUUCAUCCCGAGGGAGAUUUCUACAUGACACCUAAAGACGAUUUUACUCCAAAGAGAGCAGAUCGAUCACCAGUUAAGAAACCCCAGGACAACCUUCGUCCCGAAGGUGACAUGGAAGUAUCUCCGAAGGAUGAUUAUAAACAUAUAAAUGGAGAACGCGUGGAAGUACGUCGGCACGAGGAUCACUUACGCAUGGAAGGACAUAUGGACGUUCAUCGUUCAAGAGAUGACUAUAAGAAAAUCACGAGAGUGGAGAAAGUGGAUGUUAAGAGACGCGAGGAUAAUCUCAGAAUGGAAGGUGAAUUUAUCGACAUACGUCGCAAGGAUGAUUACGUGCACACGAUUGGCGAACGCAUGCCGAUGAAAAAGCAUCCGGACAAUCUAUAUCCGGAAGGAGACUUUGACAGACCACAAAAGAUCGUGAUCGGCCCCGCGGAGAGAAGAACGCCGAUCAAGCACCCGGAUAAUCUUAAACCAGAGGGUGACUUCGAACGUAGAACUCCGGGUAAGAUUAGGCCCGGCGAGAGACGCUCGCCGAUUCGUUAUGCCGAUAACUUGAAGCCGGAAGGUGACUUUAUCGGGCGUCCACGCGAUGACUUCACUCCCAAGAGAGCAGAAAGGGCCGAAGUCGCGAAGAGAGAGGAUAAUCUAAAGAUGACGGGCGAUUUCGAAGGCACAACGUCUCACAAGUCGACCUAUACGGUGAUUCGUGGCGAGCGAGCGGAUAUCAAAUCGCACGAAGAUAACUUAAAGAUCAGCACCGGUACCAUGGAAACGAAAACAACCAGCAGAGAUACUUAUACACCGUCUAAACAUGAACCUUCACCUGAUAAAACGAUCAAUCGUCGAAGACACAUGGAGUCGUCGAUCUCGCUCGGUGACGACACUACCACGAUGACCACGACGAAUCAACGUAACUACAACACCUACACGAAGCGUUCAGGAAAGGAUAUCGCUGCCAAGAUGAAUCAGAUAGAAACUGAUACCAGGAAGACCAUGGAGUCGCAAACUCUGGCAGACGGGACCGUCGUUACGAUCGUAAAACAUACAACAACUUCCGCUCAAUCCGAUCAGAGAGUCGCCAAUGCUCAAACUCAUCAUCAACAGACACAGCAUGUUACGGAUCGUCGUGCCACUCAAUCGAUUGACGAUUCUCGAAAAAUGACCUCCCAAUUAGUGUCCAAUCAGCAUCACGAACAGCAUCAGAGAAUGCACGCAAGCGAGCAACACUUGCGAUCGCAGAACGUGACGCAGAAUCGUCGUACGAUCGAGGGCAGAUCGAUCACAGAAGGACCGACUCAUCGCGGACAAAUCGCGCGUGGAGAAGAGACAUCUCGUUACGCGAUCGACGCCACACACGGCGAGCAUCAUAAGCAGCAACAGCAGCAGCAGCAGCAGCAGCAGCAGCAGCAUCACGUCGAGCGUCACCAUCAGGAAGUGACCAAGCGCGAUUACGUGAACGCGCAGCACAUGGAAAGCCGGCAGAGAUCUGCGACGAAGCAGCACGAGCAGCACACAAUCUCCAGUCAGGCGCGAUACAGUUCGACCAGCCCGGAAUUCCGGCAGACGAUGAACGGGCAAACGAUCGUAGAACGAUCACAGGUGGAUCACGCGACCACGAAGAUCGGCCACCAUCGCAAGAGCGUGAUAUCCUCGUCAUCGGCCGACGUCAGCAACGCGGUGCUCCACCGACGCGGCGCCACGUCGUCCACCGAGGCGCUCCACACGAUCUCGUCGACGGCGGCGGAUCAGCGCAAGAGCAUCUCGAACCUGGCCGAGAGCGGGCAGUACAUCAGCAACUCGACCCAGAGCAACGACAGGCACAGCUUGACCUCGCUGCAUCGCAGCACCAAGGAGGUCAAUCCCUGGGCGUCCUCCAGCUACGAACGCCCGCAGAGAAUCGUCCGGCAGGACAACCUGACGGUCGGCGGGAAAUUUUACUCGCAGAGCGAGGCGAAGAAUUACGGCAAUUUCUCGCAGAGUACGCAAAAGGUAGAAAGGGUCCAGAAACAGGCGAACGCGUCCCACAUUAAUUUGGGCGACGGCAAUACUGUCAGUACUUCUAGCAUGUACAAGAGAGAAUUCGUUCCUAGACAUAGAGGACCGUGUCCAGCUGCUCUUUUGGAAGCGAAACAGGCGCCCUUCAAGCAUACAAGAGACACGCAGAAGCAUAAGUUCUACAUGCCUCUCGUGUCCAACUAAAUCGACUUGUCCAAUUUGAUAUUUUAGUAAUUUUUUCACAAAUUACGCCCAACGACGAUAUUGUAAAAUAUUCAAAU